AUGCCUACCAAGCACAUCCCGAGAGAACGUGCUUGGGGAACACGCUAUGAUUCUUUGCCUUCUUCUCCUCCCCCCACAUCUCCAUCGUCCCACCUGCAGACAAGUUUCACUCUUUUGGACAGCCCAGCUGCAUCCGUUAUGCCAAGCUUGAGAGAUCUGUCAAACGCUGCAAGCAUUGCUUCAAACGUUAGCGUUCCUGCAAGCCCUCUAGAGAAGACAUCGCAUGAUGCUAGCAUUUUUGUGGGAAGUGACCGUUACCCAUUCAGCUUGCCAACGGAAGUGGACUUCACAGAGUUGCGGCGCAGACUGCAUGACUAUCUCUUGCAGUAUGGCCCAGUGAAGAGUGUCAAAGUAAUCCGUGAUCAAAAAGGCGGUACCUGUGCAUUCGUGCAGUGCGAGGAUGCAUCCUCCGCACGCAAACUUCUCAGUACUCUCCAUUCUAUCCCUCCUCGCCCCUUCCUGGGGAGAUUGCUCCGUUAUGAGCCUGCAAGAGCAUUCAGGACACUGUUGCUCUCAUAUCGGUGGCCCUCACGAGCAGUUCCGUUGACAAGCUCUGAGGAGUCCUUCAACGUUGCAAGCCUGGAUAGUAGUCUGCCCACUUCAAUACGUAUCUAUCGCCCGCGAAAUUCUAAAUACCUUACUGUGUUAUGUGACGCUGAGGCUCGAAAUUUCAACGUGAAAAACGUCUCGCGUAACGUCGACAGUCCUGGCAAUGUAGAUGCUUUCGACGACGAAGGCGUAUUGAUCCAUCCGAUCAAGUAUGAUGUGGAUACAAUGCUCAAAAUCGUCUCUGUAUUCGGGCCGGUGGAGCAUUUUAACGCGUAUAGCCACCGCACCGAUGAUGCUGAUGGUAGUGCGGAACAUUCGAGCGUGGAUUUGGCUCGCCCUCAUCCGCAUGAUGCGGCACGCUCUCCCGAUAUGGACGCGUCUAUUUGGGAAGUGAAAUGGAAUCAUCGCGAGGACUGCGUGAAUGCUUUGAUGACUUUGCGCCGUGUCUCCUUCCUGAGCGUCAGUUGGGCUCAUCACGUAGGCACGCCGUCUCGAGCAGGUACUUUGCCCCAUAUAUUCAGUCCUGCCCUUCUCGCUCCCCGCUUCGGUUCAUAUGAUGCUCACACUCGAGCUCAAUCGCAACCUCGUCCAAUUGAAGAUGAUGACUAUUGGCGUUACGGGCCAUACGACGCUUUCAAUGCGGGUUCAAUGCACUCUCGGACGUUCACUGCACCUCCGUCAAGUGAAUUCUCCUUAUCUCCUUACCCGUGGACUUUCGCACAAAAUACUCCGUAUUGGCGUAGUCCUUAUGCUCUUGAAGCACCUGCUCCGCACGGAUCUUCGGCUACAGGGCCGACGAGAAGCCCGAACUGUCCUACGACUGACUUUCUCGCUCUCCGUUUCCCAAAGUCAGCAGAUCUUCCACAAUUACGUGACAAAUGGGAGGCUCAACAUCUUCCCGGAGAUGACUUGUUGAGUAGUCUGCAAGAGCAAUCUGUGGCCGCUGGAUCUUCCGCUUCAUCACUGUCGAUAGAUACCCCCUCAGUUGCUGAAAAGCCACUUUCCCAGCAGAAUGACGUCGUCAGCCACCAAAGGUCGCCUCCAAGGGAGGAAGAACAUGCGAGCGCAAGGGAAGCGGGCUUUGUAUCAUCGUCGAUCAGUCAUUUCGGUGUCAAAACGAGCCCUUUGAUGCCGUAUAGGCGACACGAUUCCAUGGAUCAUGCCGCUCAUCUGCGAUCCACCUCUGUUGAAGAAGCCAUGUCGAAGGUGGCUCCGCCUUAUGGGGUGCCGGAGUUUGCUGGAGACUUCGUCGCGAGAGAAGAAGGCAGCUGGUCGACGGCCUACGAAGGUGAAAGCGAGCUUGAUGCUACCACCAUCUUCGUGGGAGGUUUGGAGAUGCACGGAUCCGAUGCUUGGGAUGAGAUGAAGCUGCGCGCACUUUUCGGCAAGUAUGGCAACAUCAAGAGUGUCCAUUUAGUCCGCCCUGCUCAUAAACAGACGUCAUUUGCUUUCAUUACAUAUGAUCAAGCUGAGUCUAGCGCGCGAGCUGUGCGGGAUGUGAAUAACCGGGAACAUAAUGGCCGCCAAAUUCGAGUGCAGUUACGUGACAGCAAUGCGAGGCAGCGUGGCCGGUGGAGAUAUGGUCGUGGUAGAGGGAGAGUUCCGGGCCCUUUCAGAGCAUCCUCCAUCGUCUGCAAUGAUAACGGACGCGCAUAUAUGGACACGGACAAGACGGACAACCCAAGGAAAAGAAUGGAGGACCAUCAAUAUAUGUCCGGCGGGAUAAGCCGGGAUAAUACAAGGUCCGGAGACGCUGUAGGAUCUCAUUUAUCUUCACUGUCGUCAAGCACAACCAAGGUGGCCCUUCCGACAUCAGAUUCUGCGCAUGAUCACUCUGCAGCUACUGUCGCCUCGUUGACGCCGCCGCCAUCCUCAAGUUCAGUUGGCCCAUCUGCGUCCGCCGUAGGGGCAUCGCAGCCAUGGACUAUGCCUAACGCUGGAUACUACGCAGGUCAACCAUGGAUCCCGCCCUAUUCACCACAUUAUCCCUAUCCAAUCCCUAUUAUGCCGGGCUAUACGGGAAUGAUGCAGCCUUCUGCUAUGCAAGCUCAGGGUUCAUUGCCGCCUAACCCGUCUGACGCGGGAACAAUGUAUGCGAGAGCACCGACCGCCUGGGGCCCGCCUAUGGUUCCUUACCUGCCGCAGAACAAUCAACAAAUCCGGAGGCAAUUCACUCAAGCGCCGUCUCAGCCUCCUCUCAGACCCACGGGCUUCAUUCAAGGCGAACACGGGAUGCUCAUACCCGUGUAUCAGCCUGAGGCGCUCCAUCAGUACAUGUCUAAUACUGAUAAGUCUCAAGUGCCGUCCGCGAUGAUGCAGGCUCCUACACAACCUGCCUCCAUGUGGCCGCACUAUCCGCACCUUUCUAUGUACCCGUACGCGGUCCGGUUUCACCCUCAGCCUGUCCUGCUCCCAACUCAUCAAGGAACAAGCUCAUCACAGCGUGCUUGGACGUCCAGCCAUACUGGGAUUACGCCGUCUGAUCCACAACAGUUUCAGACACACCACGCGCCCGCUCAAUAUUCGUCUGGCACAAAUACUUCGGGCCUUUCUACUGGUCCAUCCAGUCGCGGACUAUAUCUUGGGCAGAUUCAGACAUCGCAGCUAUACGGAUAUGGCGUCCAGUCCGGUGCCAGACGCUUCAAUCGCCGAGAAAAUGCAUGA